UUACAGAACAUCGUUAGGGUGUACCCCGUUUCGUUGGAACAGGUCUUAUUGUGCUCCAACGCUUCAACGAGGAUUGAAUCCAUUAACAAACCUAAACCAAAACAGUUUGUGCUAAAGAAAGCAUUUAGUUGCAGCAGUGUACAAAAAGUUAUUUGCGCAUAUAAACAGUAGUUGCCCUAACGUAGUUUGAGGAACAAAAUGCAUCUCAUUAAGAACAAAGCAGUGUACUUCACGCUCAUGCUCGUUGUAUUGAGCAUGUGUUUAGAUGAAACGGAAGCGCGUCGAAAGAUUCUUCGUGGACGCCGUACCAUCAACCGAACAUUCAAACGUGGACCGUUGAUUCCAGCAUGGGCCAUCAUUACGAUAGUCGCCAUCGUGAACCUACUCAUCGGCGGUAUAGCUUAUCUAAUAUUCCGAAAGGUCGUGCUCAAUGCACCGAUCGAGAACGUUACCUCGUACACGCCAGCCAUGCAGGACGAGUACAGUUCCUGAGCGGUAGAAAACUGUUCUGUAAAACACACAAAAACCCUUCCCGUAAUUUAACGACUCGUCCACAAAUUCCGCUCCACCAUGGCGCAAUUGAAUCCUACCGGUAGAAUGUAAGCACUUGCCCCAGUUGUCAUUAACCUCUGUUCCAGGAUUACAAAUCAAUAAACAUCCAGUUCAGUUUCACCAAAUUA